AUGGCGUCGUGGGGAAAUAAUCGAGGUUCGAGGACAACCUCUACAGAUGAAAUGUUGGAAACAGAGAACAAUCGAAUGGUGGAAGAUUUGGCGGCAAAAGUUUCCCGUUUAAAAGGGAUUGCAAUUGACAUCGAGAAUGAAAGCAAGCAGCAAAACAAAUAUCUUGAUGGAAUGGGAGAUGACUUUGGGAGCUCAUCAAGUUUGUUGAGUGGCAGUGCAGCACGACUAUCACAAAUGGUUUCUGCAGGACGAUCAAACAGAAAAAUCAUGUGUUACCUUAUAGCUGGACUAGUUGGAGUAUUCUUUAUUGGUUACUAUGCACUCAGCAAGGUUAUUAUCAGAUAGUUAGAAGUUCUAGAAUGUAUAAAAAAAUUCAAUGAAGCGCUCUAUACUUUUGUUUCCUCUUGGUGUAUUACAGAAACUAAAUACUCAACAAAAAACUGUACAAAUUGCUUUACAUAUGUACAACAUUAAGGUAUUCUCAUGUCCCUUGAUAACAAUAUAUCUUUCAAGCUUGCUUGUACAUCUAAGAAACAUUUUAAUCCACAUUACGUUGUAUGACUGUUUUGAUGAUUUUGAAAAAAAAACUUAGUUGGUGAUUGUGGUACAUUGUAAGUGGUACUACAUGUACAUAUAUCUAUUAAUGGAUGCUAGACUUAGCUUUUAAACCUCCUCACUGGCUGAAAAAAUAUUUGACAUCUGAGGAAAAUGUCUCAGUGUCUUAAAGAAAUACCUCAAAGGAAAGAAAUCACAUGAAGUAUGUGUAUUACACAAGUUAAUACAUACUGUGGAAGCUUUAAAUUUACCAGCAGAUAAUCAUUGUAAAUCACCCUACAAUUGCAUGUGCAUUAUUUCUGUAAGACAUAAUUGUAGAAUAUUCAUGAAG